AUGAUACCUAGAGUUUGACAAUUGACUGAUAUCAACAGACUUUUUAUACAAACUUCGUUGCGAGGUAUUUUGUUUAUGUUAUUAGACCGAUCCAUGCUAAUAUCCCCUUAAUGCCUUCUUGUAAUUCUAGGUUGCGACUCCUACUGUCCGUUCUCACAAUAAGGUUUAGGUACGUUUAGGUACGUAGCUGCACGCUUCGGCCGACUUCGAAAAUGCAACUGCCAACGUCUCUGGCUCUUCCUUCAACAACAGCCAUUUUUAGGAACGUCGUUACUAUGACUCCCUAUUCCAAAACCUAUCUAGAUCUACUCUUUCCUAGCGAUAGCCUUCGACAAGAUUCUAGGAAUAGCUUAAAUUCGCAGGUCGGCGUUGUCGCAAACCGUCUCUUUCGCCAAACACUCCACAUUCUUGAAACCUUUUCGUGCACUCUUCGCCGAUGAACCUUAACCCGUAACAGCAUCACUACUAGUCUUGCCGUUACCAUGGCACCCAUCAAAGGCCCCAAGAACCCCUUGGGUGCUGACAACCAGAAGCCGACGGUGCUCGCGACUGUAGCCAAGGCUAAACGAGUUUUGCCCAAGUAUUCACAUGCCCAACGAAGCUCACUACGCUUAGCCCUACAGGAGAGCCUUCGUGAUUCAGCUGCUGGCGAUGAGACCACUCAGCCUUCUAGUCCUAUCGCAUCGCAGUCAUUAUCAUCUUCACCUACACCAUCUGCCUCGCCAUCAAGCGCUAGCAUCACACCGCGACGCCGUUCAAUGCGCCAGGCCCUCAAAGGCAACCUCCACGUUAACACUUCUAUCGCCACCGAGAUCAUUCAUCCGGCUACCCCUUCUCCAACGCCGUCACUAUCGUCGAGUUCAUCACCAUCGGCACCAUCUACAGUCGCAAAUACGCCGCGCACUCCAGUGACACCUUUCUCUACGUCGCCACUAAGCGCGACCUUCGCCUCGCCCUUCGCCACACCGUCGAAAGGCAGUAGAAAGCCAGUGCCACACGAAGCCAAGGUCGUCCAAGACGACAGCGAUUAUGACAGCGAUCAUGCCGACGAUGAUGUACCUAGCGACUGUGACUCCGACUCCGAUUAUGUAGACAAGGCCGAAGCCCGACAGUAUGCGCGAGUUGACGACACCGACCGACCCGAUGUAAACGGUAUCGCAACCCCUUUCAAGGGCUGGUACCGCAUUCGUUCGAUCGUCACCGAGAUGCGCAACCGAAGCGGCGGCCUCAUCUAUCUCGUUGACUGGGAAGGCACCGAUCCGCGUACCGGUGUUAGUUGGCCUAGCUCAUGGGUUGAAUCCAAGAACGUCUCCGUAGCCGCGAUUCGCGCAUGGGAGAACCUUAAAUUGCGACACCCAGAAAAGAUGGCAUAA